AUGAGCUUAAUCAGAGCUGAAUCUAAAUUAGUACAAAAUCGAGGCUUUCAAAAAAUUGAUAAUAGUGAUCAAGACGAAAUUGAUAAUAGUGGCCAAGACGAAAUGGAUGAUAGUGGUCAAGAUGAGCAAGGCAACACUCAUAAUUAUGAAACAGAAUCAACUAUGAAAACAACAUCCGAAUCUACAAAUUCGUUAGACAAUAAUACUAAAGAAAUAUUGCAAUGGUUGAAAAUUCAGUUUGAUCAGAGCAGACAGAACGAUAAUAACAAUCUUGGUUAUUCAGAACUGGACUAUGGAGACUGUUUCUCUUACAUAAAUGCGUCAAUGUUAGAAGCGUUUCAUGCCCUUGAAUCUGAUAACCAUUUACGUUUUAUGUUUAACGAAAAGUUUAAGAAGAGUUGCAAUGAUCCAUGUGCGAAUUUUACUCAACAAAUAAAAAACAUUUCUCAGCCUAUUUCUCGACCAACAUGUGACUCUAUUGUUAUAAUUAGUGUUAAUGCCAAAUAUAAAUAUGAGGAAAACUGUCAUCAACAACUACAUGUCAAUGUAAAUAAACCACAUUUUAUUGGGAAUAAAUUAUACUGGUGUUUAUUCAUAAAAAGUUCAGAACUAAGCAAAAGCAUCGACAAAAGAAAUAUUCAGAAGCACGACACUAGUGAUAACAAGAAGCUUGAAGGAAAACUCGUAUUACCACAUAGAGGUAAUCGGUUUCACACUAAAUGGUCGUCAUUAGCCAAUAAUUGUUUAUCGCCUGAUAUACGACUCGAUAAUAAAUUUUUCUGCGAAAUAACUGCCAGCGAUAUCAUACCGGAAUCAAAAGGCAUCAGCGAUUUCGAUGACUUAACACAGCAAUUGUUUUUAGCUGAAAUAAUAGAAAAUAUUAUUGAUUAUGACCGUGUGGUUAAUCAUAACCGCAUUCAACAUUGUGAUCCAUUGUCAUUCUUCUAUGGGCAUCGACGUUAUUUGGCUUGUGUUGAAAAAUUAUUGGCGAAAAAAUCUCUUCCCCUACCAAUCUGGUCUCCCGAAAUUCAACGGAAAAUUCCAUUUGUAUUGCAAGGAGUAAAAUUUUCACCCCAUGCUUGUCUCUCAUCUGCAUUGUGCAUUGAUGGGUGGUUGGAUGUACCAUUUGCUCAAACCGAAAUUAAUGUCAGCCUACCUAUUGAGCUAAACGCGAAUAACAUAUGUAAACAAGAUCUUUACACUUUACAUAAAAAGACAUUGGAAUAUCAUGGUAAUCUUCAUAAUGCAAUUGGUGGCGUAUUUAAAAGUUUCGAUUCACCUGCAUCACCUCUAUUUUUUGCUUUGCAUAAUUAUAUAGAUAAAAAAAUUUUCAAAACAUGGGAACAGUGUUCUAAUGAUAAUGUAUUAUUUAUGACAAGACUUUGGUCGUAA